CACAUGACUCGGGUGUCUCUUCCGCCCUCUCAAGUUGGGCCCCAUGUGCGGCAGUGAGGGGCCCCGCUGGGGCUGGGGGCACCAUGCCCCCGGCCCCACGCUCCUGCUGAGUGUGCUCGUGUCCGCAGCCCCGCUCGGCCUGCUGGGGGAGGAGACCCGCCAGGUGUCUCUGGAGGUAAUCCCUAACCGGCUGGGUCCCCCCCAGAACCUGCUUCACAUCCGGGCAGUGGGCACCAGCUCCACCCUGCACUACGUGUGGGGCACCACGGGGCCUCCGGCAGCGCUGCUCGUGGCCACCAGCACCCCCCACAGCACCCUGGCUGUGAACUGGAGCCUCCUGCUCUCCCCGGAGCCCGACGGGGGCCUCACCGUGCUCCCCACGGACAGCAUCCGGUUCUCUUCUGCCCUCGUCUUUACCAGGCUGUUUGAAUUUGACAGCACCAACACAUCCGAGGUGUCAGCCAAGCCUCCAGGAAAACCGUAUGCCCCGUACUCCCUGGCCGAGUUCUCCUGGAACAACAUCUCAGACUUUUUGGAUCCCGCCACCCUGAGUGCCACGUUUCGAGGCCACCCCAUUCACGACCCCACCGGGGCUUUUGCCAACGGCAGCCUGGCCUUCAGGGUGCAGGCCUUCCCCAGCUCCGGCCGACCGGCCCAAGCCCCGCGCCUCCUGCAUUCGGCGGACACCUGCCAGCUAGAGGUGGCCCUGCUUGGGGCCCGUCCUCGGGGAAACCGCUCCGUGUUUGGGCUGGAGGUAGUCACCUUGGGCCAGGGCCCCGACUGCCCCUCCAUGCAGGAGCAGCGCUCCAUCGACGAUGAGUACGCACCUGCCGUCUUCCAGUUGAACCAGCUGCUGUGGGGCUCCCUCCCAUCGGGCUUCGUGCAGUGGCGGCCGGUGGCUUUCUCCCAGAGGCAGAGGGGCCGGGACUCAGCCCUGCCCUGCCGCACUUCCACUCUUCACCCCACCCUGGAGUACCCUCUCCCCCAGUCUGCCAUUGUCCGAGCCUUCUUUGGGUCCCAGGCCAACUUCUGUGCCCUCAAUCUGACGUUUGGGGCUUCCACGGGCCCUGGCUACUGGGACGAAAACUACCUCAGCUGGUCGAUGCUCCUGGGUGUGGGCACCCCUCCAGUGGAUAGCUUGUCCCCACUCAUCCUGGGCAUCAUGGCGGUGGCCCUGGGUGCCCCAGGGCUCAUGCUCCUGGCAGGAGGUGUGUUUCUGCUGCUGGGCCAGAAGCAGUGCUCGGAAUACCAGCCUAUAAACUGAGGCCCGUUUGCUGGAGGGCGGGACAUGAGUUUCCAGGCCUGCCUCGUUGGUCUGCUGGAUGAAGGGUCAGCUGCUCCCUUCCCCCAUCUGGCCUCCCUGCAGAACCCCAGCGACCACCCUCAGCUUCCUGGAGGCCCCCCAGGUGGGGCUUCCUGCAUACUCUGGGGAGGGACCAUUGCUAGAGGCGUGGGGAACACUUGGUGAUGCUUCCCUGCCCUUCCAGCCCCCAUUUCCCCAGAAUGGGACUCACAGGCCUAAAUGAGAGGCCUUCUGACUGGUUGGCUGCCCUGGAAGGCACGAAAUAGACUCAUUUUCUGCCCAGA